AGGGUGAGUAAUUAAUGACAGAGUUUUCAUAUUUGGGUGAACUAACCCUUUAACCAACUUUUCUUUUGGUACAUACAUUUUCUCUGAAUGUACAAUGCUCAUGAAUAUUUAAUGAGACUAGUACUGCAGACACUUGAUAAUUGGUUGGCUGUUGCUUAACAACUCACCAUAGCAUUUUAGCACCACACUGUUCUCACUUUAAAACCACAAAAUUGUGUUUUAAUACUAAGUUUUCCCGCAUGCAUUGUUAUUCACUAUACAGAGAAAGUUGUGCAAUGAUUUUCCUUUAAUAAGUGAAAUCAAUGUAAUGUUUGUGUGUCACAGGUUUCUCUGUUUUACACAUAAUUGUGUUGAUUCUCUGUAUUGUUGCAUCUGGAUCUGCUCUGGUGCUGUCUGUUCUGUGGUAUCUAAAACAAAGAUCAUCAAACACAACUAAAGCCCUGUUUCUUCAGAUGUCUGUAGUCACUGUACCAAACCUUUUUAUGUUUUUUGCCUUUUUGUUCUGGGGUGUUAUUGAAGGAUUUCUGAGUGAGACUGUUGCCUGCUGUGCUCAUUAUUUUCUGAGGCCUCUUCUUCUCUUAUGGGCAUCCCCACAUUCAAAACAUUUCCCAGGCAGUCGUGAAACAGUUGUGCACUGCAUCAUUCAUCUACAAUAUUCCCUCUUUACAAAUGUUGUUCAUUCAGUUCUUUUUAAAUCGUUUUGGGAAAAAAGCCUGAGAUAUGAAGAAUCUGACAAAGUCCUGAUAACAAUCCUCUUUGGGAUAAUGAUUCUGAUAUGCAUCGUCAAUAUUGUUUUCUUAUUGGCAGAACUCAUCACAUAUAAAGACGUCCGUAUACAUGUUGUGUUAGACCUGGUUUCUGAUAUCGGUCAUGAUGUUCUGCCUCCAUUACAACUCAUCUUCCUGUUCUACGCUUUUGGAGCUGCCAGACGAGCACUUUUUGUUCUUGGAGUGUUUCCACUGUUCUUAACUUUGACAAGAUAUGAUUGGAACAAAGCAUGUGUGGAAAAACUACAGUGUUCGCCCUUGUUCAGGAGAGCAGCGUGGUUAAGUUUCAUGAUAACAGUAAAUGCCAUAAUGGUGUAUUCUUACCUCAUAGCGCUGGAAAAAGAAAAAGAUUGUGUUGGAUGGGUCUGCGUAGCUGCUUUUCUUCAAGGUCUCUGGGGAAUAGUUGUCCUGAAGCACUCGUUUGAUGACCUGGAUCUUCCUUUUAGGCGCGUUGUCUACCUUAUUGGAUCUGUCGGUGUUGUUCUAGUGAACUCUGUUGCACUGAUGACAGAACUGAUCAUGAAAGUGGUUGAUGGUGAGCGUGCGAUGGAGGAUCUGAGAAAAGUUGUCUUUUCCUCCGAAUGCCUCUUUGUCUCUUCUGUGCUGCUCUUAAUCAUUUUCGAACCUUACAUUAAAACGUUUCAGCAGCAUUUCCAGAGAGAGGCCGCAGGAACUCCACACAAUCUAUCAAACCAGAACCAGACCAAAGAAGAAAAACAUAAACCUCUAAAACACACAGAAAGAAACAAGUAA